CUUUUUGAUUUUUCUCUCUCUAGGAGCAUUAGAGAAAGAAAGAGUGGGAAAUAGGUGCAGCUCCGUGUAUGUAUUUAUGUAUGUAUCUAUCUAUAUAUAUAGAUGGAAUCCCAAUAAUAAACACGUAUAGAGGAGAGAGAGAGAGAGGCAAUGGGAAGAUCCGCUUGCUGCUCAAAAGUGGGAUUGAGGAGAGGGCCAUGGUCUGCCAAAGAAGACUCUCUCCUCUCCUCUUACAUCCAACAACACGGUGAAGGCCAAUGGCGUUCUCUCCCCAAAAAAGCCGAGCUGCUGAGGUGUGGAAAGAGCUGCAGAUUGAGAUGGAUGAACUAUCUACGGCCAGGGAUCAAGCGAGGAAACAUAAGCGAAGACGAAGAGGAUCUGAUCGUGCGGCUGCACCGCCUCCUCGGGAAUCGAUGGUCCCUAAUCGCCGGCAGAUUGCCAGGUCGAACCGACAAUGAGAUUAAAAACUACUGGAACACUCAUCUCUUCAAGAAGCUCAAUUCCCAUUCCAAUCCACCCCCACCCGCACCUAAGAAAAAGAACCCGGCUAAGAAGACCGCCGCCGCCCCGCCGCCGGAGAUUGAAUCAGCUAAACUGUUCUCGCCCAAGCCUACUAGAAUUUCCUCUGCUUUCCCGAGGAACGAGAGCCACGACAGCUUGCCUAGCAGCAGGUCGUCGAGCAGCCAGGCCGUGCCGGAGAUGGAGGAUUCGGCGGCGCUGUAUCACUUCUCCGAUUCGUUCGGCGGAGAGAUGUGGGAGCAGGUGUACGCUGAGUAUAUGCAGCUUCUUUAAUUAAAUUAGUUAAUUAAUUAUAUAAAUCGUCAAUGAAUAAUACUACGAGUAAAGCAAAACUGGCUGCUUUUAAUGUAUUAUUAUUGUCUCUUUAUGUCUGCGCCUCAUCAUUAUUAAUUCUAAUCAUUGCUACUA